AUGGCGUCACGCAAGAAGGUCCUGUUGAAGGUUAUCAUCCUCGGCGACUCGGGCGUGGGCAAGACAAGUCUGAUGAAUCAAUAUGUAAACAAGAAGUUCUCAACCUCCUACAAAGCGACCAUCGGCGCCGACUUCCUCACCAAAGAAGUGACCGUGGACGACCGCAUCGUAACGCUCCAACUCUGGGACACAGCCGGCCAAGAGCGCUUCCAGUCACUCGGCGUCGCCUUCUACCGCGGCGCUGACUGCUGCGUGCUUGUCUACGACGUCAACAGCUCCAAGUCCUUCGAGACUCUAGACUCGUGGCGCGACGAAUUCCUCAUCCAGGCCUCGCCUCGCGACCCCGAUGCGUUCCCGUUCGUGGUGCUUGGUAACAAGAUCGAUGUGGGUGAGGACAGGCGCAUGAUAACGCAGAAGAGGGCGCAUGCCUAUUGUCAGAGCAGGCAGAUGCCCUACUUCGAGACGAGCGCCAAGGAGAGCGUCAACGUUGAGCAGGCGUUUGAGGUCAUUGCCAGAAAUGCGCUUGCGCAGGAAGAAAGCGAGGAGUAUGGAGGUGACUUUUCGGACCCGAUCAACAUCAACUUGGAAAGUGAGAGGGAUGGCUGCGCGUGCUGA